AAAAUCCAGUCUCUCCACAGUGAGGCGAAUCUGUGUUUAGUCUGAAAGGGUAGCUAAUAUUCAAAAUAUUUCCACAAGAAGAAGGUGGACAGUAAUGUUUGUCUUUGGCACUGCAGGUCUCAUGAAUUAAGGCGAGAAGAAGAAAAAGAGCAGCAAAGAUGACGUCUGGUCUAGGCAUGGUGGGGGGCAAAAGGUGUCGAUAACUUUAGGUCUUUAAACAGUCUUGUGGUUCACAGAAAAAUUACAAUAACUUCUUGGUCUUAAAUAACCACACACACACUCUUCACCCCCACAAAUAUAUAUAUAUAUAUAUUUUUUGUGGAACUAAGUAAUUAUGAGGGAAAAAUUACAAUAACUUCUUGGUCUUAAAUAACCACACACACACUCUUCACCCCCACAAAUAUAUAUAUAUAUAUAUAUUUUUUGUGGAACUAAGUAAUUAUGAGGGAAAGGAUUACAAGUGUGUUGCAGCCUACUCAACGUUGGUGCUUCAUUCAUGCACUUCUCGCACUCUUUGGAGCACAACAUUUGGUUGCCGUUGCCGUAAAUGUAGAAAAUCGCGCCAGUUUUGUGUUCAUUGAGGACUUCAGGAUCGACAACAAUGACUCUACAAUUUAGGAGAUCAGAAUCGCUUUCGAGAAUCUUGAAGACCACCUUGAUUUUUUUCAUGUGAACUUUGUUUUAAUCAUUUUUGUCUACUUUGAGUUUGCUUGCGGUUUUACGUUUGGUUUUUUUUUUUUUUUUUCAUUUGGUUCUGUUUGAUUGAUGAAAAAAUGAAGUGAAAUCAGUUUG